CGCGCUCACAGAGCUCGGUCGCGCACCGUUCGCACAGCACCGGAGAAGUAUCUCCUUCCUCCGUGGACCUGAUAGUGGAGAAUUCUGCGGCAAUUUCGCCCUCAGGAUCCCCAGUCCGGUCCGAGAGCAGGGUUCUUCGGUCCGCAGUCCCGCGAAAUCGGCGACGAUCCCUCAGGAGGGACAAUGUUGGCUCCAAAGAAAUUAAUGGGAUUCGGCCUCCGGCGGAUGUCGUCCUGGCAGCUGAUCGGGAGCGCCGUGCUCGAACGGAAAGCAGUUACGGUAAAAAAGUUCUCAGCUCUGGAGAAAGUCUACUACGACAUUCUUUCGCAGACCGAAGAUGAAAAUUCGCUACUGAGCGAUUUCGAACUCAGAGCCCGUGCGGAGAAGAAAUCCCGAGAGAAGAAAAAGGAAGGAUCGGCUCAGGUCAAAAUUCAGCUAGCUGAGGAUCUUCUCGCAGACUGGAAACAAGAAGCCGAACGAAUCAAAGCGAAACUUUCGUACACGCCAGUGACGGAUGUCAGGAGCCACGAGAGAUGUUUAGACCAGCCCGUUACGUUGUUGGUGAAACAGAAAAUUGGGAACGAUUCGCUAUGGUGCUUUCCUGAAUCGGCGCACAAGAGGGGAGAGACACUCCGACAGACCGCCGAACGAGCGAUAUCCGAGGCUGUCGGAGACAAGCUGCAGUAUGUGACUCUGGGUAACGCACCUUGUGCUGCUUACUCGUACAAAUAUCCGAAGCAAGUCCAGGAAUCCACAGGGUUUCAUGGAGCCAAGAUCUUCUUCUUUAGAGCCCGAUACCAAAAAGGUGAUCUAGUUUGCAACAAGAAAAUCGUCGAGGAUCACAUGUGGGCGACUUUUGACGAGGUCAUGGAGAACUUGCCGGCGAAAAUGGCGAAAGCUGUGAGACCAUCGUUCUUCGUGCCUCCCGUGGUGGAUUUCACACCAUUCCUAGACGCGAUUUCGGAUCGGGACGAACUCGAGAGGCUCGACGUUGCCUUCAAGAAUGGAUGAAUUGUCUACGAAUAUGAGCAGGAUGUUCGCUUAGUUA